CUUCUACACUCAUGCCUAUUGACGCGCUUCCGAUUCGGAAGGACUCUCCGCCGUCGUCGAAACCCGUGAGCUGCGGCGGUCCUCUGCCCAAGGAGGCGCAUUUCAGGGGAGUGCGGAAGCGUCCAUGGGGCCGUUUCGCCGCCGAGAUCCGUGAUCCUUGGAGGAAGACCCGCAAGUGGCUUGGCACCUUUGACACAGCCGAGGAAGCCGCCAGGGCCUACGACAACGCCGCCAGGAGCCUCCGUGGGCCCAAGGCCAAGACCAACUUCGCCUACGUCGUUGCUCCCCCUAUUCGACUGCCACCCGCGGAGGUCGCUGCCCCCGCCGCCGGGAACGUGUUUUGGGUUCCUCCGGGGUACUUCGUGACGGAUGUAGCAGCUCCGGUGAGGUCGGAGUACAAGGGUUACAUAUUGGAGAAUAUUGUGGUCAACAACGAGGAGGAAGAAGAGAAGAAGCCAUUCUUGUUCGAUCUUAACGAGCCAGCGCCGCUCUUCUGAAGCCGCCGGCGUAGGAUGUCGCGUCGACGGCGACUAAGAUUUUUUUGUGAUUUUUUUUUUUUUUUGUGAAUUUUGGAUGCUACUUUGUGCACUUGUUGCUUUGUACAGUUUAGUUUAUAGGUUUGGAGAAGAAUUUUCAUUAUUGCAAGUGGAAGUAACCCUUAGACUCUCCCUCGGAAUUUAUUUUAACACGUACAUCUGAUAUGUGAU